AUAAUUGAAACAUUCCAUUCAAUUGGACUCUCUAUACUGGGAUUUCUUGUGUUACCUGUGUUUGAUCCAGCUUCUGCGUCUGUCGUUUAUUUAGCAACUGGCGUUUUCCCGCCUUUAUUAGACCUUUGUGAUAAGAUUGUCAAUGCGAUUGGUAUGAAAUUCCCUGACACAUUGAAUAAUAAAAAAAAUGCCAAGGUCCAGAAUCAAACAAAUGAGCAAAUAAACGAUGGAAAUUUACAGGGAAGUAGUUUAGAUAAUACCGUAGGAUCGCCUGUUAAAACUUCAUUCUGUAAUGAGACAUCAAAAAUAUCCUUCUUAUUGCCAUUUAUAGGGUUUACAUUGCAGAUUGCUGGAAUUAUUCUUAUAACCAUUUACAUUAAAAUUGGAUCAGUGAUGGCUUUAUUUGUGCUGUCCGUCCUUUUAGUCUCAAUUAAGUACUGGGAAAACUUCAUUUCAAUGGGGACAGGAGAUUCGACUUUUUUCCGCAAAUUAAAACGAGAACUACAUAUAGGAAGAACUAAAACCUCGUGUAUAGUCAGUCUCUGGAAAAUGCUUAUAACUUUUCUUGCACUUAUCACGAUUAUUACUAGUCGAGGUAACAACUCAAUGCUGGUUUUUAGAGCAUUGUUUAAUAAAGGAAUAGCAUUGACAAAUACCUUCUUUGGAGAGCAACACAUAGGAUUUAAUCCAAUUUGCCAAACUAAUGUGCCAUUUGUAGCAGCACUUAUUUGUAUUAUAUGUGACUACCUGUGUUACAAGACAUCAAAAACCGUAUGCGUAAUCAACUGUCAACGAUUUGGUUUUAGUCUACCCAUGGCUGUCAUUCCACCUGUCGUAACUAUUGUAAUAGGAGGCUUAAUCCAUCAUCCGGAUAUUUUGAAAUUAGACUCCUGUGAUUUACUUUUUUCUGACUGGUGUAUCAAGGACAAUAGUCGUUUAGCUGAAAAGUGCAAAGAAUUAUUCAUAGCAUUUGUUUUGCUGUACUUGUCCUUUUUGUUAAUAGCAAGACAUAUUUGGAAAUCAAAUGGACGGAAAAACGGCGAAACUGCAAGAAUAUUGAUUUCACCCUUUUACUGUGGACUUUUAACUGAUUUAUCUUUGAUACUGAAUCGCAGAAGAAAUGAUGAUGAAUAUGACAUUGUUCACCGUGAGAAGAAACCCGACAAAGAAACUAAGAAAAAGAAAACUCUUUACGCCUGCUGUGCCACAAUGUGGCAUGAGAAUGCAAUUGAAAUGAAACAGCUAGUUACAUCAUUAUUAAGGUUAGACCAGCGACAGGCUAAAAACAAGUUUUUGAAAGAAGAGUUUGUCGAAGACGUCGAGACAUUCGACUUAGAAGCUCAUGUGUUUUUUGAUGAUGCAUUUCUACCAAAGAAAGGUAAAGACGACACAAAGAAAGUAAUGAAUUCAUAUGUACAAACCUUUAUUCAGGAAUUACACGAUGCUACUAGGGAAUUUUAUGAGAAACAAAUUGAAUUACCAGAUGGCGGUAUGCUAAGAACUCCUUAUGGUUCUAGAAUUGAAUGGACACUUCCUGGAGAGAAUAAAUUGUUUGUACAUUUAAAAGACAAUACAAAAAUUCGAAACAAGAAGCGUUGGAGUCAGGUGAUGUACAUGCUGUUUAUUCUAAAAUGGAAAAUUAAACGUAGAUUCAAAAGUAAAGGAUUAAAGAAAAAGGAAAAAAAGAAAGCAAUACAGGAGGCCGCUGAAAAUACAUUCCUACUGGCACUUGACGGAGAUGUUGACUUCCAACCAGAGGCUGUUCUAAGUUUAAUGAGACGAAUGGAAAAGAACGACAAAGUAGGGGCAGCAUGUGGAAGAAUUCAUCCCAUUGGAAAUGGUCCAAUGGUUUGGUAUCAACAGUUUGAAUAUGCUAUAAGUCAUUGGCUUCAGAAAGCAACUGAACACGUGAUUGGCUGUGUCUUAUGUAGUCCUGGGUGUUUCAGUUUGUUUCGUGGUUCUGCAAUAUUACAACACGAAGUCCUUGAGACAUAUACCUCAGUUGCACAAGAGGCAAGGCAUUGUUUGCAAUAUGAUCAAGGCGAAGAUCGGUGGUUAUGCACUUUGCUUCUUCAAAAGGGAUGGAAAAUUGAAUAUUGCGCAGAAUCAGAUUCAUACACAUUUGCUCCAGAAUCUUUUUAUGAGUUCUACAACCAACGUAGACGCUGGACUCCUUCAACUAUGGCCAAUAUUUUAGAAAUAAUUCAAGAUUGGAGAAAUGUUACGAAGAACAACGAAAAUAUAUCCUUCCUGUACAUUGUCUAUCAGGUGUUUUUGUUUGUUUCAACCGUUCUCACUCCUGGAACAAUAUUUAUGAUAAUAUUAGGAGCUCUUAUUGUUGGAUUUGAUAGCAUUCCACCAUGGUUGGCACUGAUUUUGAACCUAAUUCCAGUAGUAGCGUUCAUAUUAAUGUGUUUGUAUACCUCAACUGAACGGCAGUUGCAAAUGGCAGCCAUUUUAUCUUGCAUAUACGUUAUUGUCAUGGUUGUUGUUAUGAUCGGAGUUGUGCGAGACGCCAUAGUUGAGGGUUUAUGCUCAACGACCACUAUUUUCAUAAUGUUUGUGGCUGGAGUUUUUGUAAUUUCCGCUAUUCUUCAUCCUAAGGAGAUCCUCUGCUUACUCCCUGGAAUACUUUAUUUUUUGGCUAUACCCUCAAUGUCUAUGUUGAUGUUUUUAUAUUCAAUUGGUAAUCUUCAUGUCACAUCAUGGGGUACAAGAGAUACCAACACAAAAAAGGAGUCCGACAAUAAGUCAAAAACGGAGAAGAUAAAUGAGAAAGAGGCCACGGAACAUCUUUGUUCAAUAGGAAAGUUUGUUUGUUGUGCAAUGUCUACUUCGAAAGAUCACACAACAGAUAAACGUUCGAAUAAAGACCAAGAUCAAAAAGUUGAAGCCAACAAUGAAAAGUCAACUAUAAAUGAUGAAAGGCAAGAGAAGAUAGAUGUUGAAGACGAUGACAGUCAAGAUAAAGAUAUGACUCGUUUCACCGUCGAUGAAAGUGUCCCGAAUAUAAGCAAAAAGGAAACAACAUUUUGGGAGGAAAAGAUAGAGAGUUAUUUAAAACCACAUGAUAAGAUGGAUCGGUUUACGAUUGCACGAGAGAAAAAACUGAAAACCGAAUUAGUUGAAUUAAGGAAUAGCGUUUGCUUAUUUGUUUAUCUUUUGAAUGCCAUUCUUGUAACAGUAAUGUUUGGGCUUACACAAGUAAACGCUUUCAAAAACUCUCUAACAGCUGGAUUUGACUGCGGUGGCGAAAAUAUUUCGAUUGUUCCUAUAGCAAUAUUAUUCAGUGCAGUAUUUGGAAUUCUUCUUUUAAUACAGUUCUUAUGUAUGCUGUACCAUAGAUUUUCCACGCUUGUUCAUAUCACUGCCAAUACUGACUUACGUAACACAGAAGAUGAAUAUAGUGCUGAAAUAUUAAAGAAAAUUGUAGCGGAUGCUGUAGAACGGAACAGGGAUCAACCCGAAGACGGAACGGACACGGACAUGAAUAGAUCUGUUAUCAAAGCUAAGGAAAAGCAUUAUAAGAAUUUUAAAGAUUUGAUGAUGAAAAAUCAACCGAAACUACGAUCAAUGAUCAAAGGAUCGCUUUACUUAAAGAAUUUGUCAAUGCAGAAGAAAGUAACAGACAAAUGGCAAUCUUUUUUGAAGAAACAGAAUAAACCAGAACCAAAAUUAUUAAACGUUAUAGACAAAAUAAAGAGAAGUAAAAUUGGUCCGGCGCCCACGAAUGACUCUCAAGCGUCCAGUACUAACACCGACAGCAAUGUUUGAACAUAGGGUAGUAAAAUGAAACAAACAAGUUGUAGAUAAUAUUUUUUAGUUAAUUCAAGUUGUAACAAAUGAAUUUUCCUCGGAGUUCAGUAUUUUUGUGAUUUAACUUUUUAUGAUACAAAUGCAAAAAGGUAAAA